AUGGCCGCGGCUCCAGAUGACGACUUCCCUCCGCUAGUUGCGCAAGAAGCUGUAGCGCCAUCCGAGCUCCCCAACCCGGAACCCGCUUGGGGGGCGCCCCGCGCAGUGUCCCUGCGCGAAUCCCUCCGCGAAUCCGCGGAAGCGGAUCAAGGCGGAUCCGGAAGCUCCGCCGCGUUCUCGCACGGAGCCAAUUCGGUCUCGAGCGGAGCUGACGUGGCAUCAGGCGGGAAACCCGCCAGCGGGUCUAGCGCGGACGCUGCCCCGCGCGGGCAGAUACCCUCCGCGUCCGGCGCCGCCACUGCCGGAGCGGUUCAGUGUCUUGUAGUGGACGCGAAUGUUCUUAUAUCGGGGACGACCUCGUUGCAGAAAUUUGCCAGCGAGGCGGAGAUUGUGACUAUACGCGAGGUGUUGGCGGAGGUUCGGGAUCGCACCGCGCGGCAGCAGUUGUCCGUCCUCCCUUUCGAUAUCAAAUGUCGAGAGCCCAGUGAUGAGGCGAUUAAGGAGGUACUCCGCUUCGCGCGCGCCACGGGUGACGUGGGCACUCUAUCCGCCGUCGAUUCCAAGCUGCUCGCGCUCGCAGUGAUGGAGGAGAUUCGAUCUCACGGCCGCGUGAAUCUCCGCGCCGCCCCCGCCCGCCCAGUCUUCCAGAAGAGGACAAACGUCGCGAUGCGCCAGGCGCUGCCCGGGUGGGGGGCGGAAAACGUGGCGAAUCCGGACGAGUGGGCGGGGAUCGACGCGGUCGCGGACGAUGGGGGGAGGGGGAAGGGGAAGGGGGUAGGUUCGCGGAUUCUAGGGGUGAGGGUUUUGGGGGAGGGGGAUGAGAACGCGGAAGGUGAAGAAAAGGGGGAGGAGGCGGGGGAGGAGCCGGGUGCGGGGGAGGCGGAGACUGGCGGGAACGGGGGCGCGGAAAGUGUGGAGGCGGAGCUUCAGCAGAUGAACCUGGGCGGAAAUGGGGAAGCAGCGGAAGGGGGGGAAGGAGCGGAAGAUGAGGCGCGGAAGGGUGGAGGAGGCGGGGAAGCGGAGCAGGCGGGGGAAAUGCCCGGGUGGGGGACAGUUGGGUGGGGAAGGGGGAGAGGCGGGGGAAGAGGGAGAGGGGGACGCAGAUGGGCGCCUCGGGAAAUAAAGCCGGUCGUAGCUGAAGAGCGGUUCGAGGGAAAAUUAGUAGUGGCUGGGGUAGAUGCCUCUAAGCGAGGAGAGCCGGCUGACGUGGCGGGAGGGCAUGCUGAGUCAGCAGGGCGAACAGCAGGAGAGGAGGGAGAGGGAGAGGGGGGAGCGGGUGAGGAGGAGGACGAGCGGGAAUGGGAGGCGGCGAGGGGGAAGAGCGGGCGGCGGAGGUGGAAGCGCAGGGCGGGGAAGCGCGCGGCCAUGGAGGAGCUGGCGCGGAUUGCGCAGGAGCAGGCGCAGCGCGCAGCCGCGCUGGCGGGGGGGACGGGCGCAAUGGGGGGUGAUGGUGGCGGGGAGGAGGGGAAGGGCGGGGAAGAGGAGAGAAAGGAUGGGGAGGAAGGGGGGAAUGUUGGGGAUGAGGAGAAGCAGAGCGGCGGUGCGGGUGAUAGUGAUGUGGGGGGAGAGGAGGACAAGGAGGGGCAAGGGAAAGGUGGGGAAGUGAAUGAGGCAGAAGGGGAAGGGGAGGAAGAGGAGGGAAGUGGAGAAGAGGAGGGAGAGGAAGAGGAGGGAGAGGAAGAGGAAGGAGAGGAGCAGGGAGGAGAGGAGGGAGAGGAGGACGGAGAGGAGGAGGGGAGUUUGGACGGCGGCAGUGAAGCAGCGUCCACGUCAUCAUCAUCGUUAUCCACGUCAGCAGUGGCCCUGAUGACGUCAGACUACGCCAUGCAGAACGUGGCACUUCAGAUGGGCCUGCGCCUCCUCUCCGCCCAAUCAGGGAUGCGCAUCGCCCAGGUGCACAGGUGGGUGCAGCGCUGCUCUGCGUGCUCUGCUGUCACGCCUGACAUGACGCGUGUCUUCUGCCCUGACUGCGGCAACGGCACCACACUCAACAAGGUCACAGUAACGGUGGGAGUGGAUGGCGUGGUGCAUGCGGGCGUGCGCAAGCGGCACAACAUUCGAGGCAGCAAGAGUCCGCCCAUUGGCGUUCUGCCGCCUGGCUCUUCUACCCAUGCUCAUUUCUACCCCGCGUCCCAUCCGCAGUUCUCCCUGCCCAUGCCGAAAGGAGGCAGGGCAGGAGCAGCCAAGGACCCUGUCUUGAGGGAAGAUCAACUCCUGCCCAAAAACGGUCGGCGGCGAUUCACCAAGAAGAAGGGCAAGCCAACCGACUUCUCCCUGCCCAUGCCCAAGGGGGGCAGGGCAGGAGCAGCCAAGGACCCCGUUCUCAGAGAAGACCAGCUCCUCCCUAAAAACGGCCGGCGGCGUGCUGGCACCUGGCUCACCAAGAAGAAAGGAAAGCCCACCGACUUCUCCCUGCCCAUGCCCAAGGGAGGCAGGACAGGAGCGGCCAAGGACCCUGUCUUGAGGGAAGACCAGCUCCUGCCCAAAAACGGCCGGCGGCGAUUCACCAAGAAGAAAAGCAAACCCACCGACGUGCUGGCACCAGACUCACUCUUUGACCCGCAUUCGCCUCACUCUAUCACCCAUGAUCCUGUUUCUUCCACUCCAUACCCUACCCUGUUCCUUUCUCCCUGUGUUCUGCAGUUCUCCCUGCCAAUGCCCAAGGGGGGCAGGACAGGAGCAGCCAAGGACCCUGUCUUGAGGGAAGACCAGCUCCUCCCUAAAAACGGCCGGCGGCGAUUCACCAAGAAGAAGGGCAAACCCACUGACGUGCUGGCACCUGAUUUCGUGACGUUCUUUGAUGAGGUGGGCGAGGGGAAGGCGGGGGGAGGGGGGGCGGUGAACAGCCGAGCGGUGGUGGCUACGAUUGCGGCUGGCGGGGAUACAAGGAGAAUGGCUGUGGCUCUGGGGUUGAAGGUUAACUCGAACAGGGUGAAGAGAGGAGGGAAGAAGUGA